AUGAUGGAGACUUCGGAGAAAAAAGAGAAAAUGGACGUGAACGGUUUCACCGACAUUCCGAAGAAGCCGGAGACGAGAGCCUCCCACCACGUCUUCCCCAGCUUCCAUGCUCCCAUCCCCGUCGACAUCCGACACCACGACGGCCGAUAUCACUACGAACCGCUGCACGCCAUGCACAGUCCUGCAGGUUUGACCGGCAGCCCUGUGAUCUCCGACAUCUCACUGAUUCGUCUUUCUCCGGCUGCCGUGGCGACCGGUGACUCUCCCUUCAGCCCUCCUCACCCCUACGUCCACCCCCACAUGGAGCACUAUCUCCGGUCAGUGCAUGGCAGUCCCACCCUGUCCAUGAUCUCCACCACCAGAGGCCUCAGCCCAGCAGAACUGGCCCAGGACCAGCUGAAGGACCGUGGGCUGUUUGGACUUCCUCCUCCGCCCGGCGCCGGUCCGGCUGAGUAUUACCACCUGAUGGCGAGUCAUCGGAGUCCGUACAGUGAGCUGCUGAUGCAGGGGGGCGGAGCCAACGCCGGGGCCCACCUGAGUGAUUACAUCACCCCCAUCGACGUGUCGAGGUUCUCCAGCCCCAGACUGACUCCUCGCCUCGGCAGGAAGAGGGCGCUGUCCAUCUCGCCGCUGUCCGACGCCGCCAUUGACCUGCAGACCAUGAUCCGGACGUCGCCCAACUCCCUGGUGGCCUACAUCAACAACUCCAGGUCCAGCUCGGCCGCCGGCAGCGCCUACGGGCACCUGUCGGUCGGAGGCCUCAGCCCGUCCUUCCCCUUCCAUCACCACAUCAGCCCCAUGGCCUACCAGCAGCUGCUCAGCCAGCAGCGAAGCCUCGGCGCCUUCGGACACAACCCGCCGCUCAUCCAUCCACCGCCCACCUUCGCUGGACGCCAGCCGGGCCUCGGCCUAACCUCGCUACCAAGCUCCAUCCACAACACCGACCUGACGUCCAAGAACCACGGCGAUGAUCCGGUCAUCAGCAGCACCGUUGACGCCAUGCUUACAAAAAGGUCCAAGGUGAAGAACGAGGCAGACGGACUGAGGCCAACGUCUCCAUGUUCACCGAACCGUCGCCGUUUGUCGGAGCUGAAGGACGACGCGGAUCGAGACGAAUCCAAACAGGAAGCCGAAGCCGUUUACGAAACCAACUGUCGCUGGGAAAACUGCAGCAAAGAGUUCGACUCCCAGGAGCAGCUCGUCCACCACAUCAAUAAUGACCACAUCCACGGGGAGAAGAAGGAGUUCGUCUGCCGCUGGGAUUCUUGUUCUCGGGAACAGAAACCGUUCAAAGCUCAGUACAUGUUGGUGGUUCACAUGAGGAGACACACGGGGGAGAAACCACACAAGUGUACGUUUGAAGGCUGCUCCAAGGCCUACUCUCGUCUGGAAAACCUGAAAACUCAUCUUCGUUCUCACACCGGAGAGAAACCAUACGUCUGCGAGCACGAAGGCUGCAACAAGGCUUUCUCCAACGCCUCGGACCGAGCCAAGCACCAGAACCGGACCCACUCCAACGAGAAACCGUAUGUCUGUAAGAUCCCCGGCUGUACGAAGCGCUACACCGACCCGAGUUCUCUGAGGAAACACGUAAAGACGGUUCACGGCCCCGAAGCUCACGUCACCAGGAAGCAGCGCAGCGAUCCGCUGCCGCCGAGGCUGAGAGAAAACGGCGAGAACGAGACGGAACCCGGAGACGCCAAGAUGGCCGACGGCGCCCCCAGAGGCCUGGAGGACUUUCUGCACGUCAAAGGAAUCAAAACGGAAAACUCUGUGGUGUAUCAGUCCAGCCCUGGCGGUCAGUCAUCAUGCAGCAGCGAACCAUCACCACCUGGCGGCACCGCCAACCAUGACAGUGGAGUAGAGACGGCGGCGCUCAUCGGGGGGAGUCUGGAGGACCUCAUCGCCCUCGAUGACCUCCAUGAAGGAUCCGGUGGUGUCGCAGCAGUGGGUCGAAACUUCAGGAAGCAGUUCAGCACCAGCCGCUGCCUCGAGCAGCUAAAGACGGAGAAGCUGAAGGCGGCGAUGGACUCAUGUCGGUGGGAAAGCAACCCAACAGAACUGGACCUUGGCACCAAACUCCCACCGAUGCCAGCGAGUGGGUUCUUCCUGGACAGUCCCAGUAUGGAUGGUGGUCCCAUGUCCUUUCCUGGUUCCGGUAAAGUGACUGAGGUGGGAAACCUGUUGGAUCGAUGCGACAGCACCUCCAGCACCUUGAGUUUAGUUUACAGCCGCCGGUCCUCGGGUAUCUACCCUGGUUUCUCCAGCCGGGCCUCCCAACUCGACUGCCCCAGCAACAUCACCUCAGCAGACUCCUGCAACCCAAUCUCUGCUUUCUUGCGGCGCUCCAGUCAGGCCAGUCAGUGUGGGGGGCAGCUGGGUGGCUAUGGGAGUCUGACCCCAGCCCAGCACUACCACUUCAAGGCUAAAUACACCAUCGCCACUGGAGGGGAGCCUCUGAUGCCUCUUCCAUGCAUGGACCACGUGCUCCAGUCCUCUAACAGAGUCCUUCCUUCCAGGCAGCAUGGAAGCUUGAUGCCCCAUGAGGUCCCGUCAAACAUCCCCCGCCGAGCCAGUGACCCGGUGACACAGCUGGCGAUGGAUCCUUCCAGCCAGCCUCGAAUGCAGCGCUACAACAGGUUGGACACCAUGCAGCCUCAUCCGCCUCCUGCAGCAGAUCAGCAGUGUUUGUCCCAGCAAGCCUCCAUCCACCGCUUCCCUUCCAGCACUUCAGUCACCAUGAAACCAACCAACAUCCCGGAUAAAGACUCAUCACUGCCCGACCUCAGCAACGCAACUAACAGAGUGUCAACCGACCACCAAGAUCAUCAAAGAUCCUUCGCCCUCCAGCAGCAGUUGUAUCACCAGGGAAGGAUAAACCAGAACCAGUCCACUCAGGUUCUGCCCUCUUUGAGUCCAGGGAUGUUUCCAUCUUCGCUGAGGAACAAUGGACCCAUCCAGUGGAACAAAACCUCUUCAGGAUUCCCCCAAGUGAACCUGGUCAUCCACCAGCAAAACCAGAACAUUGGAUCUCUCAAUCACAAUCUCAGCUCCAAUCAGCAGAGAUGCACUCAACCGAACUCUGAACCGGGAACAAACGUCUUCCAGCAUCUCAAUGAGGUGGUCAGAUCUCAGUGCAGGUUCAGGAAAGGCGUCGGUGGGUUUGACAGGAAUGGAAACAAGCCGGUGCAUGUUCAACUAGAGGACUGUGACGGACCGAUGUUGAUUCUCCAGCCGAGGCCACCAAGAGAACCCAAACCUCAGCAGCAAACAAGGGACCCACCAAAUUCCAAGUUCUCCACCACGUUAGGACUUCAUUGCAGUGGUAACGUCGAUGCUGUGCAGUACACGGGGCGGAUUCAUGUAUUUGAGCCCAAUGGGAACCUUCAUGUACCUUCUCUAGUGGACCUAUCUCUUUUUGAGGACUAUGCAGCAUCUCCUGGUUCAGGCGGCGACCAGGCGGCGCUGGAGCAGAUCGACUUCAACAUCAUGCUGGAUGGCAGGGAUCUCUCCAGCCUUGUGUUGGGAACCCUCAGUUCAAGUUUGCUGCAGAGUCCUUCCCAGAACUCCUCCCGUCUCAUGCCGCCCAGGAACUCAGUCACGUUGCCGCCGGUUCCGACUGGGAACAUGGCGAUUGGGGACAUGAGCUCCCUGCUGACUGCUCUGGCAGAGGAAAGCAAGUUCCUCAACCUGAUGUCUUGGCUACAAACUAAACUUUACUCUGACGGGAAUGUGUUCGCACAAUAAACAUUCACUUUAGACUGAUGGGAUUUGGUGCCAGAAGCCUCUGCAGUGUCUUGUUUUAAUGUGCAGUCUUAAUCGCUCAUUAUUUAAAAUGACAGUUUUCUAUUGUUUUUUUGAAAAGCCAUAAUUCUGUUUUUCUGCCUUAGGUGCAGUUGUGAACAAAUAUUUACUUACAUUUGUUAAUAAUCACAUAUAUCGCAGCAGUCUUUAGGUUCCUAUGUUUGUUAUAGCAUGUAUUUUGGUUCUUCUAUAGAUUUACUCUGAAGGUCUUCUGGAAAUAGUUCCAUGGCCUCUUAACAUCUCUUAUGUUUGACUACAGCUGCUGACUCCUCUGAGUCAAUUUAAAUAGAACCCAUUAGAUCCACUCAGAGUCGUUCUGUGGUCAGACGGAACAAAAACUGAGCAGAAAUAUGUUUGGAGGAGAGAAGAUGAGGUCUUCAACCCUAAGAACACCAAACCUACCGUCAAGUAUGCAGGUGGCAAUAUCAUGCUCUGGAGCUUUCUAGAAGUCCUUCUGGACUGGUUUCUGACUGUAUGUUGGACUGGUUCUGGACUUUUCUUUUCUUGGACUUUUGCUUGAGGAUUGGUUGUGGGCCCAAUUUUGAUUUUGUACUGGUUGUUGACUUAUCUAGGACUGGUUUAUUACUGGUUAUAUGACUGGUUUCAGGCUGUAUUUUGGGCAGUUUUUGGACUUUUAGGAGUCAUCUAGAUUUGAUUUUGAUCUUGUGUUUUGACAUUUUCAGAACCAUUUCUAGUCUUUCUAGUCUAAUCUUUAGACCAUUUCUAAAGCUAGUGGGGUUUGCUAGAAGAGCAUCUGGACUGGAUUCAGACUGUAUGUUAGACUGGUUUUGAACUUUAGGAGUAGUUUCUUUCGGUUUGGUCUCAAUUUUGUACUGGUUUUAGACUUUUUAGGACUGGUUUCAGAUUGUCUUAAGUGAAUCACCAAACCCACCGUCAAGCAUGUUGGUGGCAUUAUCAUACUCUGGGGUUUUCUAGAAGAGCUCUUGAACUAGUUUCAGACUCUGGUUUUAGACUUUUUAGAACUGGCUUCAUACUGUAUUUUGACUGGUUCAGAACGUUGUUUUGGACUGGCUCAAGUAUUGAUUUUGGUCUUGGUUUUAGACUUUUUGAGGACUGGUUUCAGACUACCUUAGGCAGGUCUUAGGCUGUUGAGGACUGAUGAUCAAGCAUGAUGGUGGUAGUAUCAUGCUCUGGGGCCCAAUCCUGGGUUUUGGUUCUUUCAUAAGUUUAUUAAGUUCUUCUGUAAAUAAAACCAAAAUUACCAGGUCAAAAAUAUUCGUACAGAAAUAUUACUGUUUGUCCAUUUCCACAUCAGUUUGGUUCUUUUGGUUUCAAACUUCUAGUUUUCUCUUCUGUUGCUUCUUCUUUGACUCCUCUGGGCAGAACUGGUUCAGUUCCACUAAACUUGUCAUCUUUCUGACUUGGUUCUUCAGGUUCUUGAUGGUUUAAGUCAGGACUUUGGGGAGACCAGUCCAGAACCUUCAUUCUAUCCUGAUGGAACCAUUUCUUUACCAUGUCUGAUGUGUGUUUGGACUCAUUGUCUGGUUGAAACAUCCAACUGUGUCCAAGAUCACCCUUAUGCUGAUGGUUUUAGGUUCUCCUGAAGAACGUGGAGGUAAUCCUCCUUCAUUAUUCCAUUUACUUUGUGGAAAUUUCCAGUUCCACAGAGCAUGAUACUGCCACCUUCAUGCUUGAUGGUAGGUUUGCUGUUAAACUUCUCUCUUCCAAACAGAGUUCUGAUUGGUUUUUACUAUUUUUUUUGUAGCAAAGACUCUGGUUUCAAUCAUUCUCUCACAGAAAGUUCAGACUUGUGAUGUAACUGAUCUCUAUAAGUGUUUGUGGAGUUUUGUUCACGACUGCAGCCACCAGCGGUACUUUCGGUUGUUGUCCACAUCUGCAGUAAGAUCACUUUACUAAGUGCCUGCCUCAGCUAAGCAUUAAACUGUACUUGGAAUGUACCAUCACUGUAAAUUAGCGGAGCUCGGCUUUGUUUCAGAUCAUUUCUGCUGGAGUUCAAUCCUCGCUUCCCUCAGCCAGCCGGGAUCUGAUUAGUGAUUAACUUUGACGUCCGGGCGUCACAUGAAGCGGAACGUUGACGAAUCCACUGAUCAGCUCUGAAUACUGAACAUCCGAGGGCAGGAUCUUCCUUUUCUACGCCGUCGCAGCAGCAGUUUGUUUGUUUGUGCUGAACGAAAUGUCUGUAAAUAUCGUUUGUACAUUUUUAAGAAAUACAACGCUGACUUUGAUUUUU